AAUGCUAUAGUAACACGGACACAUUAAUGUGUUACACUUUGACGGGACACCACACCAUGUGGAAGACGUUGAAACGAAUUAGAAGUUAAAUGUUCAGCAGUACUUGAUAGAUACAUUUUGCCGGGAGAAUGAUUGUAGCUUAAAAUUGUUUGUACAACGAUUCUUGUAGGUUUUUGACUUGUUCCUUUGCUUCGUCUCGUGUUAAAUCAUGGGGAAAUCAAAGACCAAAAACCAGAAGAAAUCCCGAUCAUUAGCCAACCAUGUGGCCGAUGAGAGUUACCGAUCUGUGCCCCACUCCUUCGUGUUUCACCGGGGUCAGGUUGGAAAAAACGUGGGUCAGCUGAUCCAGGACAUGAGGAGAGUCAUGCAGCCUUACACCGCAGAGUCUCUGAAGGUUCGUAAGAAGAAUGUUCUGAAAGACUUUGUGUCGGUAGCGGGGCCGCUGGGGGUGACACACUUCAUAAUCUUCGGCAAAACUCCCAACAGCAUCAACAUGAGAAUUGCUCGACUUCCCAAAGGCCCCACGCUUUAUUUCAAAGUCCUCAAGUAUUCUCUUGUGAAAGAUGUCGUUUCAUCUCUGAAGAAGCACAGGAUGCACGAGCAGCAGUUCACACACCACCCUCUCCUCAUCCUCAGUAACUUUGGAAUGGAUGGCAUGCACGUCAAACUCAUGGCCACCAUGUUCCAGAACAUGUUUCCUUCUAUAAACGUGCAAACGAUUAACCUCAACCUUAUUAAGAGGUGUGUGCUGCUUCAUUUUGACCCUGAAGCGCAGGAAAUUCAGUUUCGGCAUUACAGCCUGAAGGUCGUCCCAGUUGGGAUGAGCCGAGGAGUCAAGAAGCUGAUGCAGGAGAAGUUGCCCAACAUGAACAAGUUUGAGGACAUCAGCGAGCUGCUGAUGAAGGGAGCGAACCUUUCAGAAAGUGAAGCAGAGCCCGAUGGAGAGGACAACAUCACCGAACUGCCACAGGUCUACUCGGGAAGAGGCAACAUGCCGUCCCAACAAAGCGCUGUUCGUUUAACCGAAAUUGGGCCUCGUUUGACUCUGCAGCUGAUAAAGAUUCAGGAAGGAAUGGGUGAAGGAAACAUCAUGUACCACUCCAUGGUAUCCAAGACUGAAGAAGAAAUACAGAAUAUCCUUGAGAAGAAAGAGACUCGGCUGAAGGAGAAGGAGGAACGUCGGAAGCAGCAAGAGCAGAACAUUGCUAGGAAGAAGGAGAAGCGGGAAGAACACAAGAAAAAGACCCUGGAAGGCAUCAAGAGAAAACGAGCUGAGGCGGAGUCGGACAGUGAGGUGGAGGAUCCAGGACUGCAGGGGAACCAGGCAGCUGAAGUCGAGUCUGAUGACGAUGUGGAGUACUACAGACAGGCUGUGGGGGAAGAGCCAGAUGAAGACAUGUUUCCUGCUGCCAAGAGGAGGCGGCGGCGCUCAGAAAAACCUGACACACCUGCCAAGAAGAGGAAAAUGUCUCCUGGUACAUCUUCAAGAAGAAUGGAUUCCAAAUCCCCAAAAAGGAAAAGUGCAGGAGGACAGAAGAGAGCCGGAACAGGGAAAGACCCCGCUGGAAAGGGAUGGAAGAAAUCUAAGGAUGGAGAGAAAGCCUUUGGGAAGAAGAGGCUGCCUCCAGGAAAGGCUUUCGGCUUUCAGAAAGCUGGAAAAAGGGAAAAUAAAUUUGGUGGGGGGAAGUUUGAUGGAAAGAAACACAAAGACAAGUCAUUCAAAUCCAAAGGCCAGAAAGGCAAGACUGGCUUUAAGAAGAAAGGUGCAGGAACAAAGAUGAAGGGAAAACGCUGCGUGGGCGUGAGGAAGUGGCUUGCGUUUUAUCUGAGGCCUCCUGUUGCGAUAGGGCUUAAAUGGUUGUGGGCUCAGCUGCACAUCUGCAAAGACGUUCGACCUGAAAGGAAGAUGGCAAGCAACUUCUCCAGCUGUGAGGGUUUUCAGAUCGGCGUGCUGCCGUACAUGUACGGGCUUGAAUUUGUCGUGGCUUUGGCUGGAAACGUGUUUGCUUUGUGGCUUCUGUUCACUAAAGAAAGAAGAAACUGGCACACAGGUGUGGUCCUGUCCUGUAACCUGGCCAUCAGCGACCUGCUGUACAUCCUCACCCUGCCUCUGCUGAUCGUCUACUACUCCAACAGAAAAGAGUGGGUGUUCGGGGAUGCCAUGUGUAAAACUGAGAGGUUUCUCUUCACAUGCAACUUGUACGUGAGCAUCUUCUUCGUCAUGGCAAUCAGCGUGAACAGAUGUGUGGCUCUCGUGUGGCCCUUCUUUGCACGCUCGUAUGUGGAGGCCUUUCAUGCUAAAGUCGUCAGCGUCAUCAUUUGGAUCACUGUUGGAGUCAUCUCCUCCCCGGUGUGGAAAUUUGCUUCCAUUUGCCCUGAUGCCAACAACAAAGGCAACACUGUGUGUGUGUCCUUCUGCGACUCAAAAGACCCAAUGCCUCACUUCACCCACAAGCUUUUCCUCACGGUGUUUGGGUGCCUUGUCCCCUUCCUGGUAACUUUCACAUCUUACUGCCUGGUGAUCCGUGUGGUGUGGCAGAAUGCCAGCUUGACGGUGAUUGAGAGGCGUAAGGUAACCCUGCUGGUCACUUCAGUGAUUGCCUUGUAUGCUGUGUCCUUCAUACCAUACCACUUCUCUCAGAUCUAUCACUUCUACCAGAAAAUCUACAAUCCUCAUGACUCUACCUGCGGGUUCUACAUAAUGUAUCAGGUGUCAAAGGGUCUAGCGACGCUGAACAUGUGCAUCCAUCCAGUGCUCUACAUGGCUGUGUUUGACAGCAUUAGAGUAGCGUGUUGUGGAAAUGGCCAAGAGCAAGACGAUGAACAGACACAGAGGAAGUAGAGCUGCUGCUCAGUGGUUUCAUGUAUGGUAGCUAUAUCCUUAUUGCUUAUUUUUAAACGGUAAAUCGUUUUACCAGAAUGCACAGGCACAGAAUUCAGCAGCCCGUAUUAUCACCAGAACCCCUUCCUUUCACCACAUCACGCCGGUUCUCCAGCAGCUUCACUGGCUCCCAGUUAAAUUCAGGUCCAUCUUCAAAAUUCUCCUUCAUACCUUCAAAGCAAUCCACAACCUCUCUCCUCCAUAUAUCUCAGACCUUAUAAGUAUUCACACCCCGUCCCGUUCACUCAGAUCUUCUUCUUCCAUCCAUCUUGCGGUUCCUUCUGCCCGUCUCGCUACCAUGGGGAGCAGAGCUUUCAGCCGCUCUGCUCCUCGACUCUGGAACUCACUUCCCCCAGACAUCAGGAACGUCGACAGUUUUACCCUUUUCAAAACAAAACUCAAAACACACAUGUUUAAAUCUGCCUAAAACCUCUGAUUUUAUUGAAAUGUUUCUCUCUGUUUUUUCUUCUUUGGGUUUUAUUAUUGUUUUAUUGUAUUUUAUUACGUGUUUUGUGUAAAGUGACCUUGGGUGUCCUGAAAGGCGCUUUGAAAUAAAAUGUAUUAUUAUUAUUAUAAAUCGUCUUUAUUUGUAUAGCGCCUUCUUAGGGUUCUACAACCCCCCCAAGGUGCUUCACAACACAGUCAUUCACAUAUUAUUGCUAUUUUUUAAAGACAACAUAAGAACCUCUAGUUUUAUAUGAAAUUAAUUCUGCACACAUUUUGUCUGCACCUGCUACUGCUGACAGUUUUUCUUUCCUGCAGCGUUGGAACAAAUCCUGAUGUAAUGACGGUUUUCUUAUGUUGAUAUGACCUAUCAGGAAAAACAAACAUCUUGUAUUUAUUAUUAUUAUUGUUGUUGUUGUUGUUGUUGUUGUUACUAUUUCAUAACUAUAAUUGCUAUGACCCAAAAUCUAUGCUGGAAUAGUGAUUAAGCACUUUUGUAAAAGUUCCAGUCCUUUUAUUGCUCCACUGAAAACCAGAUUGAAGUUUCAUUUCAUUUGUUAUUUUUUUUCUCAUUCUGCAAUUUCCUUCAUCACUAAUUCACAACACACUCAUCAAGUACAAUGUUCCAAGUGAAAAAAGAGAGACAGCAGGGAGGAGGAAGAAGUUAAUGUUUUCUAUAAUAUGUGCAUUUUUUCUUUGCUGGUAAUGAAAUAAAAACGAUCUAAUAUUGCCACUGGGGUGAUUUGUAAACUCAUCAUACUUCUUUUGACUUUUGAGAAAUUUGACAACAAAUGUGUAAAUCUGAUGCUCCUAAUAUUUUUAAGCACAAAUAUGAAUUA